AUGGAGCCCGUCGACAACGUUCCGAGAGGCUACAGGUUUCUUCCCAUGGCGGACGAACUCGUGGUCGACUACCUCGCCAAAUGGGUUGCUGGCACACCCCUCCCUAGCCGCGCUGUCGCCUUCGCCGACGUCUACGGCACCGAGCCGUGGAAUCUUCUCGGCAGCGAUCGGCAGGAGGGCUAUUUCUUUGCGGAGCGUCAUCCCAAGACCAGCCGCGGCUCGCGCGUGGAUCGAACGGCCGGCACCGGUUCUUGGACUCUGAACAGAAGGCAAGAACCCGUCAAGUCCAUCGUCGACGGGCGCGAGAUGGUGGUGGGACGAAAGAGCUUCCUUUCCUUCAAGGACGGCCGGCGGAAGAACUCCGGGUGGACAAUGUACGAAUACGAGAUGUGUUCCUCCGCCUUCGAGACACGAGUUCUCUGUCACGUGAAGAAGAGCUCGCAUCAACCCAUCACCGGCGGCAGUUUCGUUGGGCAGAAGAGAAGUAGAGAGGAAUCUUCUACUCUCUCAUCAGCAGCACCCAAGAAGCCAUGCCGGGGGUUGCUUGCACAUUCCAGCGGAGCAUUGCAGUCCGACGUCUCACCACCUCCGACCGCGGUGGUGCAACAGCCAUUAUUGGCUCCCGUCGUGACACCCCCGGAGAGUCGUCUUUCCUCCAUCGACUCCGUGGCACCGAACGAAGCCGGAGUCCCAGCCGCCUCCCCAUCGUCAACGGACGUUGGUGGAGGUGACCUCGGGAUAACUGCCGAAGAACUCGAAUCAUUUGACCUCGGGAUAACUUCGGAGGAACUCGAAGUAUUCUUGGCUUCGUCUUCGUCGUCGGUCGAUCUUGGCGGUGAGCAGAACUGCACCGACGAUACUUUCUUCACCAGAGAGGUUGAAGCCUUCUUGAUGUCAGAUGACACAGACACAGCCUCGACUACCAUCCCGAAGGCUUCGCCGUCAGGCCUCGUCAAUGUUCUCUUGAUGCCCGAUGACACUUGGAUUGAUUCGACCACGGUCGCAGAGGUUUCCUCCUCAUCGUCGUCGAUCGACUUCGUUGCGUGUGAGCAGAUGUACUGCACCGACGAUCACUUCUUUACGAGCCUGGAACCGAUCAAAGCCUUCAUGAAGUCGGAUGACACCCCUAUGGAUUCGACUAUGAUCUCGUGGUUGGAGCAGUAA